UAAAAACCGGUUCUAAGGAGCGAGAACGCGGCUCAGACAAGCGCAGGCUUUCAGGUGCUGACGGCGAAGGCCUCAGGUGUCCCGAGGCGCCCGAGCGGACUCCACGCCUCCCCGCCUGGUUUUCAGGGCCACUUGCCCAUCUGCGCCGCUCUCCUCAGCCAGCCGGGGAUCGUCGCUGGUAAUAGUCCCGGUCCGGGCGGGCACGUUGAUUGGGUGUCCUGGCAGCCGUGUUCCAAGUCGGUUCCGGGUGUGUGUGCGCGCAGGCGGACGGGGAGACCCUGUCCUUCAGCGGGCGGCGGGGCCCUUUCUCCGGGGGUCGGUGUCCCGGACCUAAGGCGGCGACCUCUCCUCGUGGGGUCGGAAGUGGCGGGAAGCCGGUCGUUAAGAGGCGGCCCACCGGCGAGGGAGGCUGUAAAACCCGGAGGAGGAUCCGGUACGCCCGGCCCGGGACGGCGCGGGGUUCCGGACAAGAGACUCCCCCGGCUUUCAGCUCCAGGCGGGGCGGCCCCGGCGGCGGAGGGACGCAGCCAGACCUUGGCGGGACGGGGAUUUAACCGGGGCCCGGGCCCAGCGACCAGGUGGCGACGUCGCCGGAGCCAUUUCGGCACCAGGGAAAUGCGGGUUUGCCUGCAACGAGAUUUCAUUCUCUCCAGUGAAGGGACAUCCUUCUGAGCUGCUGUGAAUAAACUUGGAAUGAUACUGUACAUUUUCAUCUAAUGGAGAAUUAGCUGUACCUUGAGUCAGGAUUGCUGCACUGGACAACCUCAGAAUACUGCUCACAAUGUCAUCAAACAGGAGUCAGAACCCCCAUGGGCUGAAGCAGAUUGGCCUUGACCAGAUCUGGGACGACCUCAGAGCUGGGAUCCAACAGGUGUACACCCGACAGAGCAUGGCCAAGUCCAGAUACAUGGAACUCUACACUCACGUUUAUAACUACUGCACGAGUGUUCACCAGUCGAACCAAGCACGAGGCGCUGGCGUCCCUCCUUCUAAAUCGAAAAAGGGGCAGACUCCCGGGGGAGCUCAAUUUGUUGGCUUGGAAUUAUACAAAAGGCUUAAAGAAUUUUUGAAGAAUUACUUGACAAAUCUCCUUAAGGUUCCCAUGUGGCUUGUUGGAUUGCUGUGGACCGUACAUUUAGGGAGCUGUUCUGCAGUGAGGACACAGGCUGAGAGGCUCCCGGGCACCCAGGCCCGCGCUUCCCAGAGUGCUCCCUCCUUCCAGCCUCGCCCUUCACCCUUCCUGCUUUCCUGCUGCAGCUAUUUCAAUGACACUGAUGGAGAAGACUUAAUGGAUGAGAGUGUACUGAAGUUCUACACUCAGCAGUGGGAAGAUUACCGAUUUUCCAGCAAAGUGCUGAAUGGAAUAUGUGCCUACCUCAAUAGACAUUGGGUUCGCCGUGAAUGUGAUGAGGGACGCAAAGGAAUCUACGAAAUCUACUCUCUGGCGUUGGUGACUUGGAGAGAUUGUCUGUUCAGGCCGUUGAAUAAACAGGUAACAAAUGCUGUUUUAAAACUGAUUGAAAAGGAAAGAAAUGGUGAAACCAUCAAUACAAGAUUGAUUAGUGGAGUUGUACAGUCUUACGUGGAAUUGGGGCUGAAUGAAGACGAUGCGUUUGCUAAGGGCCCAACGUUAACAGUGUACAAAGAAUCUUUUGAGUCUCAAUUUUUGGCUGACACAGAGAGAUUUUAUACCAGAGAGAGCACUGAAUUCUUGCAGCAGAACCCAGUUACUGAAUAUAUGAAAAAGGCAGAGGCCCGUCUGCUCGAGGAACAGCGGAGAGUGCAGGUCUAUCUUCACGAAAGCACCCAGGACGAGCUAGCAAGGAAGUGUGAGCAGGUGCUCAUUGAGAAGCAUUUGGAAAUCUUCCACACAGAGUUUCAGAACUUACUGGAUGCUGAUAAAAAUGAAGAUUUGGGUCGCAUGUAUAAUCUUGUAUCUAGAAUCCAGGAUGGCCUAGGAGAAUUGAAAAAACUGCUGGAGACGCACAUUCAUAAUCAGGGUCUUGCAGCAAUCGAAAAGUGUGGAGAAGCAGCUUUAAAUGACCCCAAAAUGUAUGUACAGACAGUGUUGGAUGUUCAUAAAAAGUACAACGCCCUGGUCAUGUCCGCGUUCAACAACGACGCUGGCUUCGUGGCUGCGCUGGACAAGGCUUGUGGGCGCUUCAUAAACAACAACGCAGUCACCAAAAUGGCUCAGUCGUCCAGCAAGUCCCCUGAGUUGCUGGCUCGAUACUGCGACUCCUUGUUGAAGAAGAGUUCCAAGAACCCUGAAGAAGCAGAACUAGAAGAUACGCUCAAUCAAGUGAUGGUGGUCUUCAAGUACAUAGAGGACAAAGACGUGUUCCAGAAGUUCUAUGCGAAGAUGCUGGCCAAGAGGCUGGUCCAUCAGAACAGCGCAAGUGAUGACGCCGAGGCAAGCAUGAUCUCUAAAUUAAAGCAAGCCUGUGGCUUUGAGUAUACCUCGAAGCUUCAGCGGAUGUUUCAAGACAUCGGUGUGAGCAAAGAUUUGAACGAGCAGUUCAAAAAGCACCUGACGAAUUCGGAACCCCUAGACUUGGACUUCAGCAUUCAAGUUCUGAGUUCCGGAUCGUGGCCCUUCCAGCAGUCUUGCACGUUUGCCUUGCCAUCGGAGUUGGAACGUAGCUAUCAGCGAUUCACAGCUUUUUACGCCAGCCGUCACAGUGGCAGGAAAUUGACAUGGUUGUAUCAGCUGUCUAAAGGAGAACUGGUGACAAACUGCUUCAAAAACAGAUACACUUUGCAGGCCUCCACGUUCCAGAUGGCGAUUCUGCUUCAGUACAACACAGAAGAUGCCUAUGCCGUGCAGCAGCUGACGGAUAGCACGCAGAUUAAAAUGGACAUUUUGGCACAAGUUCUACAGAUUUUAUUGAAGUCGAAGUUAUUGGUCUUGGAAGACGAAAAUGCAAAUGUUGAUGAGGUGGAAUUGAAGCCAGAUACCUUAAUAAAAUUAUAUCUUGGUUAUAAAAAUAAGAAAUUAAGGGUUAACAUCAAUGUGCCGAUGAAAACUGAGCAGAAGCAGGAACAGGAAACCACACAUAAAAAUAUUGAGGAAGACCGCAAACUACUGAUUCAGGCGGCCAUUGUGAGAAUUAUGAAGAUGAGGAAGGUUUUGAAACACCAGCAGCUCCUUGGAGAAGUUCUCACGCAGCUGUCCUCACGGUUCAAGCCUCGGGUCCCAGUAAUUAAGAAAUGCAUUGACAUUCUGAUCGAGAAAGAAUAUUUGGAACGAGUUGAUGGUGAAAAGGACACCUACAGUUACUUGGCUUAACCCUUCUAGAAGGGUCUGACUGCGACCCGCAGCAAACUAGUUCCUGGUGGAAAGGAUGAAAACUCGAGUUCAUAGCAGCCAGCCUGCCGCCAUUUGGACCUCCCUGUUUAAAACUGAGACCAAGAGUCCCACCACCGGUCUCAGGUGGAAAUCAGAACUGCUCAGGAUGACACAUGUCAAGUCUGUAAAUAUGGACACCGCCGCCAUUUAACCUAAUUUAAGGACAGAGGGGACGCGACCCUUCCAUGCUGAGGGCUGCAUGCUACUGCAUUUAGACCCACACAAGGCCACGGGAUGGAUGAACAGCGGCCGCCCAGGUAGCACCGACCAUGUCGGCAGCACUUGGAGAGCGAGUCUGAGUGGACCCAUGUGUAAUCUGCUAUGAAAACCCAUUUGUAUAGUGUGUUUCAUUUUUUAAUGUGUGAAAAUAAAGAAACUUAAAGGAUUUA